UGAAAAUGCUGAGACUCUGCUCAUAUCUGAAGUAAAUAUGCUUUUGGAGCAUAGAAAACAGCAGAAUGAGAGUGCAGAAGAGGAACAAGAACUGUCGGAAGUUUUUAUGAAAACUUUAAGUUACUGUCAACGAUUCAGUCGUUUUAAAAAUCGUGAAACCAUAUCCGCUGUAAGAAGUCUUCUAAUGCAAAAAAAACUUCAUAAAUUUGAGCUUGCACAAUUAGCAAAUUUAUGUCCUGAAACACCUGAAGAAGCAAAGGCAUUGAUACCAAGUUUAGAAGGCCGAUUUGAAGAUGAUGAGCUUAGACAAAUUCUUGAUGACAUACAAACACAAAGAAGUUUUCAAUACUAGAAUAUAUGUUCCAGGUUUGUUUAACUACAUUGAAAUUGGACACUGAUUUUUAUAUUUAUCAUAAAUUUCUUUAUAUAAUAUACAUCUUUGUAUAGUUUCAAUUAUAAUAAAGAAAUAAAUAUCUUCUCAUCUGUACAAAAUCAUAUGGAAUAAAAUGAAUAAAUUUUCA